CCGUUUAAAGUGUGUCUGAACCUUCACUUGAGGUCUAGUCUCGCUGUUGGGGUGCACACGGAUUGACCACUCCUUUGAGCUUUUCUGUAUUCCUUGGAUAUUUGGGGGGAAAAGCUAAUCCACAAACAUGACUGAUGCGCAACAAGAGGCCCGCUCCUACCUGAGCGAGGAAAUGUUGGCCGAAUUCAAGGCUGCCUUUGACAUGUUUGACACUGACGGUGGUGGUGAUAUCAGCACCAAGGAGUUGGGUACCGUGAUGAGGAUGCUAGGCCAAAACCCCACAAGACAGGAGUUGGAUGAAAUCAUUGAGGAGGUCGAUGAGGAUGGUAGCGGUACCAUCGACUUCGAGGAGUUCUUGGUCAUGAUGGUGAGGCUGCUGAAGGAGGACCAGGCCGGCAAGAGCGAGGAAGAGUUGGCAGAGUGCUUCCGUGUGUUUGACAAGAACGGCGAUGGCUACAUCGACAGAGAAGAGUUUUCCCUUAUCAUCCGCAGCAGCGGUGAACACGUCACAGAUGAUGAGAUUGAUGAGCUGCUGAAGGAUGGAGACAAGAAUUCCGAUGGCAUGCUGGACUAUGAUGAAUUCCUCAAGAUGAUGGAGAAUGUGCAGUAAAACCAGAAAGACUCAUGGACAUUCCUCCUCCCCUGAAACCCCCCCUGAAACAUCUGACCGCCCCACUGACCCACUCAAACUACCCCCUCCUCCUGUCCACCUGGUUCACUGCCUCUCUUCUCCAUCCUUAAAGACAUCCUCAGCAGACAGCUAGAGCACCCGGUGGGGGUCGCUCGCUGAGCUCAUUUGUGCAUGCAGAUUGCUCAUGGAUGCUGCACUGACACUGUACCGUGUGACGGGAUGGCAGGGCUGCAAUGGGGGAAAUUCACUGCACACACCUUUUGCAGCAUGAGCGGUGUAACAUGUCAUCAGCGACCCCUUCCUCUGCUGGUAAAGCUCUGAUCUAGAUGUAGUCUAGAUAGAUUGGCAGCCUGUUACCUGCUGCUUAGACCAAUCAAUUCAACCACUUCACUGUACAAAGAAGUUACUUGCUUGAACAGAAUAAAUGAACUAACACCUGCUCACUUGUAGUUGGUCUGCCAUAUUUAUUUACGGUCUGUGUAAAAAGUUUUGUUUUGAGGAAUAUGAAUAAAAUCUGUUUGUUUCUUCUUUUUGUCCAGUCUGCUUGAACCACAGAUAGCAGCGUCCAUCUAAAGAGUUCUAAGGUAUCUGAAAGUUAUGAGUAGGGUCAGAUAAAAAUAAUUAAGUAUAGUAUUUCAU